GGUCUUUAGCUGAAGGUGGCACACCCGUGUCCAGCCAGCCCUGCGAGCGGGGGCUGCCACUCUCUGGCUCAGGCCGAUUUCCAGCGCAGUCCUCGCUGGCGAUGUGGGCAGGGGCACAGCUAGCCCCACCCCCGCGGGAGCCGCCCUCGCAGAAAGGGGCCAAACUGUGGUGGGAGGGCAGGGCCAGGAGGGGAUCUCACACCCGAGCGCUCCAGGAAGGAGGCUCCCCCGCGGGACAGCGAGCGAGAGCAGGGCAGGGCAGCCCUGCCUGGGGCGGAGCAGGGGGACCCCUCCGGCUGGCCGGCUACCGCGCUUCGCUCAGCCUCCGCAGCCCGAGCGCCCCGCGGGGCAGCCGCCCGCUGCCUUGCCCGCCCCGCCCGCCGGGCAUGGCGAUCUAGCCGGGCGCAGGAGCGAGCCGGGAGCCAUGGCCAUCAAGAGCGAGGCGCAGUUCGAGGAGGCGCUGGGGGGCCCGGCCCUGCCCGCGGACUGCCAGGAGACGGAGCAGCUGCUCUUCGCCGGCGAGGGCAGGGGCGAGAAGGGGGUCCGGGGCUCCAAGUCCUUCUCGGGGACCCUGGGCAGCGACAAGUCGCUGGAGACGGAGCAGAACGGCCACAGCCUGCCCUACAAGGCUGUGUCCGCCGGGCACCUGGAGACGGCCCCGCACUCGCCCUCGCCCUCCCGGAUCAGCCUGGGGCGGGCAUCCUCCACCGCCACCACCAGUGCCCAGGAGCAGGGCCGGCCGCUGGAUUAUCUGGUGCUGGCCAUCUUCUCCUGCUUCUGCCCCGUCUGGCCCAUCAACAUCGUGGCCUUGGUCUUUUCCAUCAUGUCAAGGAACAGCGGACAGCAGGGAGACAUGGACGGGGCUCGGAGACUCGGGCGCAUGGCCAGGUUGCUCAGCAUAGUCUCCAUUGGCCUGGGAUUCCUCAUCAUUGUGCUGUACUGUUCGCUCAAUUUCACAGUUUUUCAGAAGACCAAUUAGCACAAAAAUACCUUGAAGAAGAGGAAGAUGUCUUUCCUUCCCAGGGUUUUAAUUUUACCCUUGCAGCAACAAUGUUACAAUUUAGAAGGGCGGCCUGAGGAAACAUCUCUUCUGGAGCGUCAUCCAAGGGAGUGCAUGCAUUUCUUUCACAGCCUGUUGGAAAAUGAUUUCAUACGAAACAAAAUGACUGGAUAACACAGCAGCUCGAGAAGGACUGGGAAAGGGGUUCGAAUCCCAAGCAGAGGUAGAAUGGACGGAGAUCCGCUACCGCACUCCUGAUCAGUAAUAAAGAUGGUGGGUGGGAGGGAGAGUAUGACAAAAAGGGGACAAGGGGAGAACUUCAUGAAUGAGGUUUAUUUAAAGAACCUGAAAUUUAAAUUUUUUUAAAAAGGAGAGAACAGGACAUUUUGAGGAACCUUCUUUACAAUUUUGGGACAAAUCCUGUUUUUUGUAUCGACAAAUUCUCUGUCUCUAUGAAAAAGCUCAAACUGCCAUCGGGAGAUUAAAUCGAUUCAGUGAGGGAGAAAAGAGAGCGCCACUACAGGGGGACAUCACAUGCACCUUUCUGCAGCUCUGGCCAAAACCACAGCGAAAGGUGGAGGAUCUGGUGGGGGCGAUUUUGUAUUUUUGAUUAGGGGAAAAAAAAAAAAAGCUGACAACCAUUUGCAUGCCUCUGGGAACGUCCUGCUCUAUGUCCGUUUGUACAAAGCUCUUCCGUCAUUCCAAAGCAUCCCAGAGCUGGGAGAGCAGGGAUUCUGCUGCAUGAGGAAUGCCAGCUUAGCAGGAGAGUCCCCCUCAUCUCAACCCCACGCUGGGGCUUUUAUGGUAGGAACUAUCACUUCUCUUUGGAACAAUCCAUUUCUACCUCCCUGCACCCCAGUGAGGUAACGUUUGUGCAGGUGGGAAUCUAAGGCAGCAGUGGUGCCCAGGACCGAGAGCAGAUUCUGUCCACUUGAGCAUUUAUACCAUGUCCAUCAUGGCUGGAGCUGAAGGCCCAACCCAGAGCCCGUCACAGUCACUGCAAAGACACCUACUGGCCUGGAGGGGAAAUUUCAAAGGCCCCACGGGGAGUCUCUCAUUGCACCCUCGCUCCCCUUUGACAAUCCCCCCCAAAUGCCUGUUUUAGCCCCACUUCUGCUGUAACCACCCACACCGCUGGGCUCAGCUCCACGAAGGUCAGUUUUUAAGUGCGUUAUAUACAAAUGACGGACUUCUGCUCGGCAGGGUUCAAAAUCUUUGUCCAUGGCCUUCCCAUCACCUUCCACAACACGUGUUUCACUGCUUGAUGUUUCCCAGCAGCUCAGGGCCUGGGAUUUUCCUCACAGUCCCUUCCCUGGCCUCGCACCAUUUCUUCACCUCCGACUCUGCCCGGGCUGGGUUUUGCUGCUUUUAGUGCACUACGUUCUGCUGCCCGCCUUGUGUGACGCUUCCUCGCUUGAGGUUUUAUCCGGGUUUUGUUGAUGGCUUUGUGCCAGCUGACCCCUCGAUCUCCUAUUGGUGCUGUUUGCAAACUCACCGAUGGGGGUUAUAUAAGAGCUGCAGUUGGGCACACUUUGACCACUCCAUCAUCCACAUCUUACAAGCCGGUACCCAGCCACACCCUCGACUGCUCUGCGAACACUGGCAUUCCCAAGCCAAGUAACACUUCUGCUCCCUCACACCCCUAGUAGCAAUUUUGAGUCUCUUGGGAAGCUCUGAAGCAAACCCGCUGGCACUUUGCUGAGAGAAUUCCCUUGCCACCCAUUUCUGUGCUCCUCAUUAAUAUGUUUUCUUUUGCUAGGCUGGCUCAGAACCUCGGUGACAACAACACAGAAUUCCCUGGGUACACUAGGAACAUGCUUCUCCGGCUAGAAGCAAUUCUUAGGAUGCAGAACCAUUUGACUUUUUGCUACACUACCCUGCUUUCCCGUGCUAUGUUUUCCCCCAUCUCCAGGCUUCAGCUCCUGUCUCCAACACUCUAUUAGAAACUACCAGCUUCUAGAACACAGCCCAACUCUUUUGCAACAUCCCUCUUGUUAUCUGACUUUGAGUGUUUGGCGCUUAGGGAGAGCUCUGUGAGUUUAAGCAAGGAGGGAGCUGAGGGACAGUAGCUUACUGCACUCAAGUGUGUUUUGAUUUCCCUUUUCACAUUUCAUGCAGAAUAGCUUCUCGCUGAGCAAUGCCUGAUGCAUGAGGUGUAAACUCACAGUGUCUGAGACAUCCAGCUGUCUCAGGCAGCCAGAUAUUUUGUCCAGCAACUCAUCAGAAAUCCUUGGUUGGCCACUUAACAGGACUGCAAGUGUUACUCAUUUCCCAUGCAGAGCCCCAUAAUCAGAAUGUAUGGUUCACAGAACAUGCCUUUCAUGUUCAUUAUCUCCUUUCUGACUUGCAUAAUGACACUUCUUCCUCUUCAGGCAUCUUCCUGUCCUUUGAUCCCUGGCCCAACCCACUUGCAACUGACAAAUUGCUUUUUGGGAGUGCUUAGAAAUCACAGCAAAAAGAGCCUUCUGGAAUGGGAAUAGGUGACAUUGAAGGAAAUCUGCAGUAAUGAGUUACAAUCCCUUGCAAACAAAUAUUUAUUAAAUAAGAAUUUACAUGCUACUUUAUAAUUAUAUAGCACUUCUCGAGGAGCGUGAAGUGCUUGGCAAAAUUAACUAACUAACCCUCAUGUGAGGUAGGUAAGUAUAACACUAUCCUUAUUGUACAGAUGGCAAAAUUAUGGUAUAGGAAAGUUAAAUGACUUGCUGAAGGAAACAGACUGUAGCAGAGCUAAGAAGAGAAACUAGUUAUCCUGUCUCCCAGUCCCCAGAAGGCCAUCCUCCCUCUCAAUUUAAGUAUAUAAAACAAUGUAUAUUUUCUUGGUAUGGAUUUUACACACACUGCACUUUCAAAAGGGAAGGUGGAAAUACCUCUCAUUGCUUCCUUAAUCAUAAAUGGUCCCCCAUGGGCAGCUGCCAUUUUAAUGAUCCUCUACAGAAGACAUUCCAGCCUGAUGAAGCGGACUAGGACAGAGAAAGCAGAAUUCAUUUGAAUGCAUGAGAAGGCAAGAGCUGCCUUAGAAAGAAAAUUGCAGUGAUAAUUUGUUGCAUGCAUUCAAAUGGGAUUUGCUUUCUAUCUUACCCUACCUCAUCAAACUGUCAGGACAACAGCUUCCUGUCUCACUGUUAAAUA